AUGUUUUCAUACAUUCUGUACAUCGCUUUGGCACUUUUGCCGAUAUUGCUUUACUACUGGAAAAAUCCUUACUUUCUCGACGACUUAAGUUACACAAUCUCCGCGAUAAAAGUCGGCAUCCGUCUGAGCAAAAACAGAAAAAACUUUCAAGGUAUUUUGGGGCGUUUCUUCGACGACGUGAAGAAGCAUCCGCACAAGAAGUUCAUAGUUUUCGAGGACGCUUCCUACACGUACAUCCAGGCCGAUAAGGAGAGCAACAAAGUGGCCAGAGCUCUAUCCGCGCAUGUGCAGCUGAAGCCGGGGGACACGGCGGCCCUGUUCCUGGGAAACGAACCCCACUUUGUGUGGAUGUGGCUCGGACUGGCCAAACUGGGGUGCACGGCGGCUCUGCUCAACAACAACAUCCGAUCCAAGUCUCUGCUGCACUGCUUCUCCUGCUGCGACGCCAAAGUCCUGAUCGUUGGUGCAGACCUGCGAGGGGCUGUGGAGGAGGUGCUGCCCGCCUUGAAGCAGCAGGGCAUCCAAGUGUUCAUCCUCAGCGAGCACUGUGACGUGGAGGGCAUCCAAAGCUUCUCUGAUAAAAUCCAGCAGGCCUCAGACGAGCCGGUGUCGCCUCAGCUGGCCAACCUUAACCUUAAGAGCCCUGCGCUGUACAUUUACACCUCAGGAACUACAGGGCUUCCCAAAGCCGCUGUGGUCAACCAAGAGAGGGUACUGAUGGCAUCCUGUCUCCAGUCCAUGGCUGGUGUGCGCUCAGACGAUGUCGUCUACAUUUACCUGCCUCUGUACCACUCUGCUGGUUUCCUGAUGGGCCUUUGCGGAGCUAUAGACCAAGGCCUCACUGUUAUUUUAAGACGUAAAUUCUCUGCGUCCAACUUCUGGAAUGACUGCAGGAAGCACAAUGUGACUGUUAUUCAGUACAUAGGAGAGAUUAUGCGCUACCUCUGCAACACACCAAAGAAAGACAAUGACAGGGAUCAUAAAGUCCGGUUGGCUGUGGGAAAUGGAAUAAGGGCCGACACAUGGGCCGACUUCCUGGAUCGAUUCGGAAACAUUCGCAUCUGUGAAUGCUACGGAGCCACCGAAGGAAACGUCGGCUUUGUCAACUACGUUGGCAAAAUCGGAGCAAUUGGCAGAGAGCAUUUUCUCCACAAAAAAGCAAACCCGUAUGCCCUCAUAAGGUACGACACAGAGAAAGAGGAACCCGUCAGAGACUCCAGAGGCUUUUGUAUUGAAGUCCCAGUAGGAGAGACCGGUUUGUUCGUGGGAAAGAUUUCAAAGAGAGCGCCUUUCAGCGGCUACGCCAAGAACAAGCAGCAGACGGAGAAGAAGAAGCUGAAGGACGUGUUUGAGAAGGGAGACCUGUACUUUAACAGCGGCGACCUUCUGAGGAUAGAUGACGAGGGAUUUGUCUACUUUCAAGACCGCAUCGGAGACACUUUCAGGUGGAAAGGAGAAAAUGUGGCAACCACAGAGGUGGCUGAUCAUUUGCUCACUGUGGACUUUGUUGAGGAGGCGAACGUCUACGGUGUGAAGGUUCCAGGACACGAGGGAAGAAUUGGAAUGGCAGCACUGAAGCUAAAAGAGAACAUGGACUUUGACGGCAAGGCUGCAUACCAGCAUGUCAAAAACUAUCUUCCCAGCUAUGCAAGACCACGUUUCUUGCGCAUACAGGAUGAUAUGGCCGUGACCGGGACGUUUAAGCAGAUGAAGGUGACGCUGGCAGAGGAGGGUUUCAACCCUGCUGUCAUCAAGGAUCCUUUAUACUUCCUGGAGGACAAUAAGGGCUACGUACCCAUGACUCAGGAGACAUUCAACUCCAUUUCAGAGGGAACACUCAGGCUCUGAGAGAGUUCAGUGUUUAUUAUUGGUUUGUUAUCGUCAAGCUCAAAUAGUGCAUUUAUUUGUUAAAUAAUACAAGAAGCCCAGAAAUCCAGAAAUGAUAAACGACCUGUACUUUGAGCAUAUAUAUAGAUAUAUACACACACAAACAGCAUAUUUCAUCGCUUUUGUGGGGAAUAUUGUGUACAUAAAUAUUUCAAGUGAUGUAAUUUAGUUUGAAGUGCUUUUUUAAAGAUAAUUUCAUUAAAAAACAUGAUUGACACAGUUA